AUUGUUUCAGUCAAUUUGUAUAAAUCGAGCCAAAGAAAUUUGUUAUUUUGUUAUAUUAUUUUAUCCUACUGGGUUUGUGUAGCAAAUCAUUAUUUAGGUACAACCCAAUGGAGUUUCAAAAAACAAUAGGAAUUGCCCCAAAUCCUGAAUGUGUAAAGGGAGUGAUUGCGUGCCAAUGUGAACUUGGUAGAGAGAAACUACUUACAGCUCCACCCUACAAGCGCUUUUCUUCAAGUCCUGACGAAGAAAUUAAAUCAAGAUAUCCCACAGCCCCCUGUGCCAGGGAUCUGGAGCAAUACAACUGCCCUGUCAGCCAUAUCCUGGUUACUUUCAAAUCUCCCUUACACCCAAGUGAAGUGUUCAGUAAAGUCUUCCCGGCGAACACGCCUGUCAAAUUCGUAAAACGCAAGUUGGCCAAAUUGCUCUCGGUGUCAAACAGUAACUUAUUACUGACCAGGAAAAGGACUGUGCUCAAAGAUACUAGUCUGCUGUCCGAUUUGAAAGCUGAUCCGCUUGGAAAUCUUGUGAUAGACGUGUUCACAAAAAAUUCUGACGACUUUUCUUUAUCCUCGAUACCUAAGGAGUCGUAUGUACAUGAACUGCUACAUUCGGUUAUACCAAAGAAGAAAGCCAUACCAUUUAUAGCUAUAAAAUUUAGGGUUAGCAACCAAAAUGCAGUGUUCACACGAUCGUACCAUUCCAUAAUAAAAAUACAUGAAAUUAAAAAGAAUUUGGCCGGACUUUUUCAAGUUGACCCUGAUAAUAUAGUACUAAUGAGAGGGGAACAUCCUUUAAAAGACCGAAUGGCUUUACAUGACCUUGACUAUGAUAAAUAUGGUAUAUCAGAAGUGGAAUUAGUAAUGAAACAAAAUGAAAAACUUAAUUUAGAUAAACUUUACAAAGAAUUGCCAAUCCAUGAUGUGUUGAGUGUUAUGGUACCGUUUGGGACGACUGUUAAACAAAUCAAUGUUGAAAUUUUCUCAGAACCAAUGAAAAAACCUUAUCUGGGAGGUUAUAGAAAUGUCCACACAGGUUUAGAAUACCAUCAUGCAUAUACACAGACGCCACAAAAACCAGAAAAAAUACCACCACAUAGAAAAAAUUGCAGAGACACUCAAACAGCCGAAGAAAGGGAAAAGAUUUAUGAUACAAAUUACAGCAGAGCUAUCCAAAUGAACACGGUGCAUGCCUACAUACCCAAUGUGACUGACAAGAUUAUAAUUCCUAAGCCUUAUGAAACUUACGAUCAGAUGGUGACCCGUCUAAACCACAAUCAUUUUGCUAGCAUUAUUCAAAAAGCGUAUAGACAUCAUCAGUUCAGACAAAUGGUGGACAGGUGGCUUCGUGAAUGCAGAGAAAGAAUAGACAGAAUGAAGAAAGAAGAAAAACUUGAAAGAGAGGCAAUGGAGAGACGACUACGAAGAGACCUCAUAACAAAAACAUUUCCCAAAACGCGUGAGGACUUCGACCAACUAUACGCAAUGGUUGAUCGUUGGAAACACGCAGAAAUAGCGAGGAUUUCACAAUUACAUUCAAAAGGUCCAAAAAUUGCUGAAUUUACAUUGCUUCUCGAUAAAGAAGUCGAACUGUUACGGUGUAUUGAGGCAUACCGAGUGAAAGUGAAAGAAGAUAGCAAGAAGACAAAAGAUCAAAAAUUCUUAGAAGAGAUAUCGAAACCUGUAGCUUGGUUUGGAAGAGACGGCAAGAUAAUUACCAUGGACACUAUAGAAAUACAAAAAGCGAGAAAGCUCAAAGAGUUAUACAAUUGUUUUAUACGAGAAGAUAUGGACGUAAACGAACGUAUGGAAUUAUUAGUCGACAUGAAGUUUGCUUUACAAGAAUUCCGACAUCCGCUUGCUGAAGAGAUUAUUACACUCUUGGAUAGGGAAUGUGAUCUUCUUGUGAGGAGAUGCAAUAACUACCAGAUCGAAUUUCUCAGACGUAGAAUAGCUGCUUCCGUUUUCCAACUGAUAAAAACCUCUGAGUUAAAUUCAGGUGUAACUAAAUGCAAAGAUCUCAGAGAUUACAAAAAAAUGGCGGACGGUAGACUGCAUUUCUGUGAGAUGUGUCAUCAAGUGAAACCUCAUAACGAUUUCCCAUUAAACACUAAAAUAAGUGGCUUUUUCGUUUGCACUUCAUGUUCGUGGAAGGAUGUCUCUGAAAGAUUGUGGAUUGAUAUGACUCCCUAUAAAUUUAUUCUUCGCGCUGUUCAACGUGACGAACGGCGUCGUAAGUGUUGGGGCUCUUUGGCAUUCGUUUUGCAAGAGAAAGAUGUAUUUUUCAUAGUAGAAAAGUUAUGGCAAUCGCAUUCUGCUAUUAGUGAAUGUACAGAUAUGAACGAGCUUAGAUUGUGUCGUUGGCAUGUUAAUGAAGAUUGGUCUCCUUGGAAUUGUUUUUUGGUCACCGUUCAGGAAAUGAAAGCACAUUUAAAGCUCGAAGCUCCUGAGGAAGUUUAUGAUGAAGAAUUAGUGCAAAAGGUUCGUAACAAACAUAAGCUUGCGAAAGCGAACUUUGAGCAAUUAAUGAGUGUAAACAAACGGUACACGGAGACUGGUGAUUGGCAGGGUGUCCGUGCCCCUGCCGUAGCACACGCUGAAGCUGUUCCGCCUAUAUAGAAUCCUUUUAGACUGCUUUGACUACACAAUAAUCGUUGAGAAUCAUGAAUAAUUACGUAUUGUUACUUAUAUUACUUUUGUAGAAGUUUAAAAUAAAAUAACGUUCCUCUUUAUAUGUAUGUAGGUACCUACCGGAUAUUAAUGAUAACUACUUAGAAUUGAACUAAAGAUUGUUUUGCCUGUAUUUGUUAGAAGGAACUUAUAUAAAUGUUGCUACUCUAAUAAUUAUUUUAUUAUUACC